CUUUUUGUGUCCAUUCUGUUAUCUGCCACACCUCUAGCCUACUAACCUACUCUGUGUAAACAUUAAUAAUCAUCAUGCAGUUCCUGGCUUCUUUAGUGCGUCAGAACUCCACGCCCACUUUCACCUUCCUCGGAGCACGAUUGGACAAAGAAGAGGAUGUCGCAUUCUGAUUGGUUCAUCUUCGUGUCUGUCAAACUCAAUGAGCGAUCGCUUGCAUUACUUCCUGGAUCGGAUGAGAAAGCAGCGAAAGCGGCACUUUCGUCUGUUUAUGCUGCGUUUAUGCUUUCGCAUUUCGACUAACAGGACUAAUGGCGUUUCGGAAAGCAGUGAAAGGGACCCUGAUAGGGGGCGGAGCCUUAGCUACAGCCUUCGGCCUAUCACAAUUCAUUGAAUACAGGAGGAAUCAGCCUCACCGGGCUCGGCUGGCGUACGUGGAGGCAGAAGGGCAGCUGAAGAUGCCGUUUGAGGACAGACUUCCAACGCGUGAGGAACAGCUGGCCGCGCUGCAGAACACGCAAGAAUUCGAUGUGCUGGUGGUGGGGGGCGGAGCUACGGGAUCGGGAUGCGCUUUAGACGCCGUCACGCGCAAUCUGAAGACGGCCCUGGUGGAGAGGAGCGAUUUCUCCUCCGGCACCAGCAGCAGGAGCACCAAGCUGAUCCACGGAGGAGUGCGCUAUCUGCAGAAGGCCAUCAUGAGGCUGGAUUAUGAACAGUACAUGAUGGUGAAGGAGGCUCUACAUGAGCGUGCGAACCUUCUGGAAAUCGCCCCUCACCUGUCCGCUCCGUUACCCAUAAUGCUCCCUGUUUACAAGUGGUGGCAGCUGCCGUAUUACUGGGCCGGGAUAAAGAUGUACGACCUGGUGGCUGGGUCUCACUGCCUGAAGAGCAGCUACGUCCUGAGCAAGAGCAAAGCCCUGGAGCUCUUCCCCAUGCUGAAGAAGGACAAGCUGGUCGGAGCCAUCGUCUACUACGACGGUCAGCACAACGAUUCCCGCAUGAAUUUAGCCAUCGCUCUGACGGCGGCUCGCUACGGUGCUGCUAUCGCUAACUACACUGAGGUGAUGCAGCUGCUGAAGGCUACAGACCCGCUGACGGGUAAAGAGAAAGUGUGUGGAGCGCGCUGUCGAGACGUGAUCACGGGCCGCGAGUUUAACGUUCGUGCCAAGUGCGUCAUCAAUGCCACGGGGCCCUUCACCGACUCGCUGCGCAAAAUGGACAACGAGAAGACGGCCAACAUCUGCCAGCCGAGCGCCGGCGUACACAUCGUCAUCCCCGGAUACUACAGCCCUGACAACAUGGGGCUUUUGGAUCCCGCCACCAGGGACGGGCGCGUCAUCUUCUUCCUGCCCUGGGAAAAAAUGACUAUCGCCGGGACGACGGACACGCCCACCGACGUGACGGCACACCCCAUCCCCAUGGAGGAGGACAUCAACUUCAUCCUGAGCGAGGUUCGGCAUUACCUCAGCCCCGACGUGGACGUGAGGAGAGGAGAUGUCCUGGCAGCCUGGAGCGGCAUCCGUCCACUGGUCACUGACCCCAACUCUAAAGACACCCAGUCCAUCUGCCGCAACCACGUCGUCAACAUCAGCGAGAGCGGCCUGGUCACCAUCGCCGGUGGUAAGUGGACAACGUAUCGCUCGAUGGCCGAGGAGACCCUGGACGCUGCCAUAAAAGAGCACAAGCUUCACGCCAGCCCGAGCAGAACCGUGGGUCUGAUGCUGGAUGGAGGGAAGGACUGGACCCCGACCCUCUACAUCAGACUGGUCCAGGACUACGGCCUGGAGAACGAGGUCGCCCAGCACCUCGCCGCCACGUACGGGGGGAGGGCCUUCGAAGUCGCCAGGAUGGCACAGGUCACUGGGAAGAGAUGGCCUAUAGUGGGGAAACGGCUCGUGUCUGAAUUCCCUUACAUCGAGAGUGAGGUGAUAUACUGUAUUAAAGAGUACGCCUGCACAGCCAUAGACAUGAUCGCCCGGAGGACACGUCUGGGGUUCCUGAACGUUCAGGCUGCUGAUGAAGCUCUUCCACGCAUCGUGGAGAUCAUGGCCAAGGAGCUGAAGUGGAACGAGGAGAAGAAGAAAGAGGAACUGGAAGCAGCUAAACAGUUUCUGUACCAGGAGAUGGGCUACAGAGCUCGCGCUGAACAGCUCACCAAGACCUCUGAGAUCUCACUCACACCAGAACAAGUGGCCAGAUAUAAGAAGCGUUUCUACAAAUUUGACAAAGAGAGCAAAGGCUUCAUUACCACUUUAGAUGUGCAGCAGGUUCUUGAGAAACUGAGCGUUCAGAUCGACGAGAACUCCCUCCACGAGAUCCUCAACGAGGUCGACCUGAACAAAAACGGUCAGGUGGAACUGGACGAGUUCCUGCAGCUCAUGAGCGCCGUUCAGAGGGGACAGAUCUCCGACAGCCGAUUGGCCAUCCUGAUGAAGACGGCGGAGGAAGGCUUGGACUCCAGAGGACCCGUGUCUGUGGACCGCAGCGGUGGAGGAGUGUGAAGCCCGACCGAACAGGAUGUGAGGCGGAGGUUAGCUCGUAGCGGGACGCGGUCCCGCGGCCUCGGCGCUGUCAGAAGCGUCACUACCCGAGCUGAGAAAAAAAUAGAUUAGACCCCAAUUAGAGCUCUUUCUGGUGCCGCUGUUAAAAGCUGCAGAGUCGAAGCUGGAGUAAAGGUCAUCAGGAGAUUUGAGUGACAGCUCCGACGUCCCCAGCUCCUAAUUUCCACUGUUUUCUGGACAUGUCUUUGUGCUACGGAUCCAACAAGCACCAAGAAGACAAGCAACAAGCUAUUCAUUUCUAGGAAUAAGGAGUUACAGAGCUGGCUGACGUGCGGAGACGCAUUCUCAAGCCACAGCAAGUGUCAAGAAGGGAUUAGGGCAGUAAGUACAGCGGGGAUCAAAUCUGUGGACAUCUGGUCAUACAUGACAUCCAAACCUUCCUGAAGUCUGACUGGAGAACGUACAGAUGCUGAGGACAUUGCUGUGGAACCCAGAUAUCAGCGGGACUUGACAAGAGUAACUCUCAAACUCAACAACUGUCCCCUUUAAAGCCGUGUUCUGUUUACGUCACUCAAAGCGCUGUUAUAACCUACGGGAUUAAACAGAAUCCUGAACGAAUGAAGAGAAAAAACAGCCAGAGUUCCGGCUUCAGGGACCGAAAGCUUGCUGGACGAAGCAGAAAAAGAAAGAAGGUAUUUCUUAUGUUGUGUAAAGCUGCUGUGAGACACUGUCUGUGCUUAAAGGGGCUGUGUGAAUAAUGUGCAGCUGUAAAUCUGUCAAUGGGGUCGCCAGAUUGUUGACAAAUCCCCAGCUCAAAAAACAUACAAAGGCUCGAAAAUACUAUGAAAUUUUGGGGAAUCGAAAAAGGUGAAUUCUUCACUCUUCCUCUUCUUCACUCCUCGUCUUCUUCAUCCCCGUCUUCUUCACUCUUCCUCUUCUUCUUCAUCUUCUUCACUCUUCCUGUUCU